AUCCAGGAUUACGGUCCCAUCGGCGUACUGAACCGCGAACUCGAAGUGCGCGUGGGUCAGCGUGACAAAGGUCCUAUUUCAUUUAAAGAACGUGGACCUAGCCUCAAUGCUGUGACCAAUGUGCUUGGUGGCUACUUGGAUCAGUACCACGUGUCUCCAAGAUUCCUACGAGGAUGGAAAGUAUUCUGAUCCAGUAGUCGAGAUGAAGCUGUGCAAUCCUAUGCUCGCUGAGUUCAGCCCCACGGAUGCACUGGUUUCUUUUCGCACCCAAUUCAAAGCCUACAUCAAGGGCGAGGACCCAUUCAAUCGGAAGAUGAGAACGAACGAAAGUGCUCUCGGCUGGUGGAAAGCAUUGCAAAAGGACGAGUUAGCUAAUGUUCUUGCGGUAAGUCUGUGAGGCUCCCGCAUCCAAGACAAGUGACUAAGUAUCUUGACAGGCUCUCGCAAUCAAGGCUUUUUCAGUGUCUCCGACAUCCAUGCCAGAUGAACGCACCAUGUCGACGAUUACUUGGCUCAACUCUCCUCAACGAAGUAGGCAGGAA